GUCUCAAAAUGUAAUACUUAUAAUGAGCCACACUGAGUCCUUUAUUGACCCUGCUGGGCUUUUUAUUCGUUCCGCUCGUCCCUCCAGCCCAUAUGGGUCCGUGGCGAGGAAGAGGAGUGCUCAGGAAGGGGUGCAGGGCGCCCCCGUCAACAAGAGAAAGUCCCUGCUGAUGAAGCCCCGCCACUACAGCCCCAGCGAGGCAUGUGAAGAGGAGAGCGAGGACCUGGCACCGCCACAGGACAAAGAAGAGCUGAGGAACAUUGACACUCCAGCAGAUGGAAACUUAAGGGCGGUCAAUGGACUUUCCAACAAAAAUGGCUGCUAUGACGCGGCAAAGUCCAGUGAUUCUCUCGGAUGGUCAGAAGUUACAUCUAACGGAUCCCCGCAGUGUGAGCCGGACACAUCUGAGCAUCUGAUGGAUGAAGACGAUGCUGAGCUGCUUAAUAAUGAAGAAGACCAAAGUCAAGACAGAAUGAGCGGUAUAUCAUCCCCACAGACUCCAUACGAAGACAUGAGGGAGGCUGAGUGGGAGCCCUUGUCUCUGUCUGCCAAGGCGAACGACUCAGGCUGCAGUCCCUCCAGAGCCUCUGAAGACCUUUCAGGCAGGAAUGGCCACGUGAAAGAAGAGCCUCAUUCAGAAUUAGGUGGUCUGAUGGGUAAGGUUAGUAUUUAUCAGGCUGAGGCUCUAAGAUACAGGCCUCUACCCACAGAGGAAGACAGCGAGGGGGAGGGGGAGGCGGAGAGGCCACCUCGGCUGGACGGCUGGGCUCUGGGCCUCCACGAGAGAGGCCUGGAGAUGAGCCGAGGACGGGUGAACUUCAGCCUUUUGGAGCAGGCCAUAGCUCUACAGACAGAGCAAAGACAGGCCCUACACCAUGCCUACAGGGAGAUGGACCGGUUCCUCAUGGAGCAGAUGACCAAUGAGAGAAGGCACCAUAGAAUGAUGGACAUGGACAGCAGACUCAACUAUCAUGGAGCAAAAGAUUCUCCACGCACAGAUAAAAAGGAUAUAAAGUGUCCAACUCCAGGCUGCGAUGGCACGGGUCAUGUGACCGGCCUGUACCCACAUCACAGGAGUCUGUCUGGGUGUCCUCAUAAAGUUCGAGUUCCUCCCGAGAUCUUGGCCAUGCAUGAGAAUGUCCUCAAGUGCCCCACACCUGGGUGCACAGGCAGAGGACAUGUCAACAGCAACCGUAGCACCCACCGGAGUCUCUCAGGCUGCCCCAUCGCUGCUGCAGUGAAGGUCUCCAAACCUCAGGACGAGAGCCUGAAGUGCAGACAAACACCUGACCGCUCACCGAGAGCCCUUGGCUUGAUGAAGAAGUUCGAGAUGAACCAGUUGAACUAUAGGCUCUCUCAUCCAGCAGCAGCCUUGCAGCCGAGCCUCACGAAAGACAUGGACAAGUACAGCAGAAUCCGCUUUGAUUACGCCAGCUUUGAUGCACAAGUCUUCGGCAAACAGCCUCUGAUGGGAACCAACCAGGACCAGGAAUUGUCACAUUUAUCUGAUUCACCUCAGCAGUAUCCUGGCUUCCUCAGUGCUCCAGGUGGCCGAUUGCCCACCUCUGGUCAGCACAGCCCACCGAGUCAAUUCAAAAAAGAAGACGAUUUCCAAGCCACAGCAGCGACUGCCGCCAUCCUUAACCUCUCCACUCGCUACCGGAAGAACAUGGAGGCUGUUGCCGGCCGGCCCUUGGCAACCUCCACAAAGGACAUGCUCAUAGAAGUGGAUGAAAAUGGCACCCUGGAUUUGAGCAUGAAGAAGUGCAAGGAAAACAUAAAAGCCCAGACAAAACCGCCUUUAGAUGAGCCGCUGUCCCCUUCUGAGUCCACUAUGGCCAAAGGUGGGAGCGCACUCAUCAGCCCCGCCUUCUACCAGCCGCUGUGCGAGAGAGACAGCUGGGAGAACCCCGUCCCUGUCAACUUCAGCAAAGCACACAUUUUACAGGACACAGAGGAGGAUUACGAUCAUGUCCCCUUGGAGGACCAGCACUACAAAGGAGACAGCAGCAUGUUGAGUCCCAAAGCCAAACUGCUAUUACGAGAUUCAAAAAAAGAGCUUUUGAGCUGUCCGACCCCGGGCUGUGACGGCAGCGGCCACGUCACGGGGAAUUAUGCAUCGCAUCGGAGUGUGUCUGGAUGUCCCUUGGCUGACAAAACACUCAAAUCACUGAUGGCAGCCAACUCUCAGGAACUAAAGUGCCCAACACCUGGUUGUGAUGGAUCUGGACAUGUGACUGGGAACUAUGCUUCGCACAGAAGCUUGUCAGGAUGUCCACGUGCCAGAAAGGGAGGUUUGAAGCUCACACCAAACAAGGAUGACAAAGAUGAGCAAGAGCUUAAGUGUCCAGUAAUUGGAUGUGACGGACAGGGCCAUAUAUCGGGAAAAUACACAUCCCAUCGCAGUGCGGGCAGUUGUCCACUUGCUGCCAAAAGACAGAAGGAGUCGUCCAUCAAUGGGCUGCCCUUUGCCUGGAAGGCCAGUAAACAGGAACUGCCCCAUUGUCCUUUGCCUGGCUGCAAUGGCCUUGGACAUGCCAAUAAUGUGUUUGCCACUCACAGGAGCUUGUCGGGUUGCCCACUGAACGCACAGAGUAUCAAGAAAAAGCACUCGGAAGACGAGAUGAUGACUAUCAAAUUGAAAGCGAGCAGUGGUGUUGAAAACAAAGAAGAUAUUCAGCAUUUGGAUCAUGAAAUUAAAGAACUGAACGAAUCCAACAUGAAAAUAGAAGCAGACAUGAUGCAACUUCAAACGCAGCAGAUAUCGUCUAUGGAAUGUAACCUGAAGACAAUUGAGGAGGAGAACAAGAUGAUCGAACAGCACAACGACAGCCUUCUGAAGGAGCUCGCUCGCCUUAGCCAAGCUCUCAUUAACAGUCUAACAGACAUUCAGCUGCCUCAAAUGGGACCCAUCAGUGAGCAUAAUUUUGAAGCCUAUGUGAACACAUUAACUGAUAUGUACAACAACUCGGAGCAUGAAUACUCUCCGGAGUGCAAGGCCCUCUUGGAUAAUAUCAAACAGGCUAUUAAGGGCAUCCAUGUUUAAGCUGUAGAGCUACCAAGAGGUUUCUUUGACUUGGGAUAAUGGCACUAGAUAGCUCUAUUUUACUGAAGAGUGCUGGCUUGGCUGCAUGUAUAAGACAAGGCUUUUGGAAAUGUGUUUGGCAUUUCCUGGUAAAUACACUGCACUGAGAAAAUUACCAGCCAGAUUUGUAAUGCUUUUACUGUUUCUGCAUUCACUUGAUAUGUUUAUCCCGGUGAGAUUUUUACCCGAUCUGGCACUUAAUUAUUUUGUAUGGUUUGCUUGAUUUUGAUCUGUAUGUGUUCAUGUCAUUCUUAUAUUAUCACUAUUUAUUAUUAUAUUUGUUCAUCAGUGUAUUUAUUUCCUCAGUUUUUAUUUAUUUCUAGAGUUGUAAAUGCUUAAUAUUUGAGAAAUCUGUUUGACUUUCUGCACAUUGUAAAUUACAUAAAAGCACAUUCCAGUUCCAUGGCAUACUUUCGCCAUCUAGUGUUGAAAAACGUAUAUUAUUAUUAUUAUUAUUAUUAUUAUUAUUGUUAUUAUUAUUAUUAGACCAUAAGUUGGAUCUCCCUUCAAAGUAAAAACCUACCAAAACAACUAAGCAUCAAUAUUUUUAAGCAUUGCUUUUGCUUUGUUUAUUGGAAACUGAAUGUAUGGUAAGGCAAAGUGAACACUGAGA